AUGCGGCUCAGCGAUCCACUUUACAAGCUGUAUAAGCGUAGCUCCCGUCGUCGUUAUGAUUUGGAAUUUUUCAAGUACAAAUACUAUAAAGAUCCUAUCCUAAAAAACAAAGUGUCGGGCAAGGGAGAGAAAGAAACUCGAGCAGUUUGUGUUGAAGAAAUCACAUUAAUGUUAACUUGUUUGAAAUCAAAUGAUUUUGAGGAAAAGCCCUGCUCUCAGGUGAUUGAAGCCUUUAAGAAAUGCGUCGCUGCUGCAGAGUUGCGCCGGGAACAAAUUAAAAAGGCGCGACAAAUGGGACAGUUCAACACCUUUUUGGAUGAUCCUGACGAGGCGAAGAAAUUCUCCUCAAUUCAAAUUAAUCGAAUGCUUUACAAAUUCCCGGAGCCCUGA